AAUUUUGACAGGUGAGUCGUCUGCUAUCUGUAGGACAUGAAUGAAACAAGCAGGAGCCAAAAACUUGUCGUAAUUCCGCUAUUUGUGUCAUUAUUUGUGUGUUGAACUGUUUGAAGGCUCGUAUUUAUUUCUAGCUAGUAAACCGACAUCUCCUUGCGGUUGCUUUAGCUACAACUUGAGAGACACAUAGUCUCGGUGAAUAAUUGUUCCUUUUGUGUAUCAGUGACCAGCAAUAUGUUUUCUACGAGAAAUUGGCCGGCAUUAGAUCUUAAUCUUAAGGGUGAACAUUUUGAGAGCUUCGCAUCUGUCGUUCUUCGUGUUCCUGGGCUUAUGCUGAUUGACCAAUGGAGUCAUAUAAGCUCAGACCGCCUCUUGCCUCAAACCUCUGAUAUUAUGGAUAAAUGUUAUGCAUUUAUCUUCCAUCUAAUGUUAAUUCAUGGAAUAGUAAUACUCAUUGUUCCACUACCAAAAUUGGUCACCAUCUACAUGCAUUACCUAAGUUUGGCUGCAUUAACUGGUGCAUCACUUUUAUCGAGGCAUUUUGUUUUGAUCGAGUCCCAAGAUUUAGACAAAGAUACAACAUACACAAAAUCUGGUGGUGGUUCAGUGACUCCUCCAGCAGCCCAGCUACCUUCAGUAAUAAAUUUCAGUCCUGAAUAUGCCCUGAAAUUUGCUAGAGAGUUUCGACCUCCUGGAAUAAGUUCUGAGGUUCCAGCGUACCAAUUUGCUGAGCGUACUCUCAUCGGUAUUGGUCUCAUCGUUGAUCCAAUGGAAAUGGAUCUAGAAUGUUUUAGUUUAUUGCACCAGUUAGCCGUCUUGUCUGUUCAACUCUUUAUCGUAUCCUGCGUCAACUUCUUUCUUGACGUUGAAUCAAACUCCAAGCGGGCAUUUUUAGCCAUCUAUUGUUUACCCAUAGUAAUCCGUCUCUCGGGUUUCGCCCAGUCCGACCUACUCCUUGUUCAUAAUUUUGCAACGGCUGCUAUCAUCCUAGCCGCUAUUUACUAUGUUCUGUCCUGCGUCCCUGCGAUUCUCAGUGAAAUGAGGUUUUUGUACUUGUACGCAGUCCAUGAGGUUGAAGCCCUGAGCUUGGCACAUUUGGCUAUGGACGUAUGCUCGCGAUUGUUUGUUCCCAGUCAGUUUUUCGUGUUUUGGCUGGGCCAUUGUCUCAACCAACUUCACGCUUUGCUCAUUCACCCUGAUCUAGUAGCGAAUUCCGGCGUCUAUUCAGACGAGUGGUACAUGGUUUUCCUUUGCGCUAUUUCACAAAUUUGUGAUUCACCACUAACACUCGCUAGUACGUGCGUCGCCAUGUCUUACGCCUCUGCACUAGGCCAAGCCGGAAUAAAAAUAUUCAUCCAAAACUAUCAAGCUUACGCAGCAGAACAAAAUCCCCACACCGGUUUGACAGAGGGUCUCACGAUGGCUCUUUUGGCCGCUCAAACUGGCUUAAUUCGUAUCAAGAUGCCACAACGAUUAGCGAUUUUCUCCAUUAUCUUGUUUGUUGUGGUAGCUUCAUUAAUUCAGUCAGUUUACGAAACAACGGAGCCAAUGUUAUUAGCCCUUUCUGCUAACAAGGACCGACACAUUGUAAGGCACGUCAAAAUCUUGCUACUCUGCGUUUUCCUUUUCGCUUUCCCCCUUUACAUGACGUUCAUCUUGUGUUACAUCUUUGACCUCAACUUUUGGACGUUAGUAGUUAUCUCCACUUGCGUGAUGACUUCUGUCCAGGUUGUUGGAUUAUUAGUGAUCUACUGUCUUUUCCUUUACGAUUCAACCCGUGAGGAUGCAUGGGAAGCGCUCGAUGACGUCAUUUACUACACGCGAGCUGUAGUUCGAUGCUUGGAGUUCAUGGUCGCGUUAUUCGUCGUCUGCGCUGGCUUCCACGAAUCAUUAGUUGGCCAGUGGUCGUGGUCAAAUAGUGCCGUCCUGAUUGUCCAUUGUUAUUUUAAUGUAUGGCAACGAUUGCAGACAGGAUGGAUCUCUUUCCUUCGUCGACGGGAAGCUGUCAAACACAUAAACGCUUUGCCAUCAGCCAGCCAAGAACAGCUGGCUACCCACAAUGACGUUUGUGCAAUUUGCUAUCAAACAAUGAAUGUCACUGGAAGUGUACGUGUCACACGAUGUCGCCAUUUUUUCCACGGCAAUUGUCUUCGAAAGUGGCUCUAUGUCCAAGAGAAGUGCCCGAUGUGUUCUUCGGCCAUUACGUUAACUCAAGCAGAGGAGUCAUCAGCAUCAGCAGGAGCCUCUGAAUCUCCUGCCAACGAAGCCAACAAAACAGCCAGCCAAGAUCGCAAAGUUCAUUUCUCUUUUGAGAACCAAAGCAGCGGCAGCAGCGAGUCAAACGAAGGAACCGAGGAGUCGGAAGAUGGGGCGUCGCCAAGUCAGAAUACAGCGACAGCUUCUACUUCUGCAACUUUUCCUCAGAAUCAAAAUUUCGAUACUCUUUUACACGCUGCCCAACAAGAUGUUCGGCAAGCUAAAUUGCGAGGAGCUCAGGCUCGCCACUCACGCAGCAAAAGUGAAAGUCUUGCCCGCAUUCUCGAAUAGAUUUAUAGCUGCUGAAUAUUUGGGAUUAUCGUAAACCUUGAGAUAUUCACGCUCUCUUUGUUUAAUGUUUGUUGUGCCAAAAACAAACGAUCCUGUGUUGACACUAUAAUAAUUGAACCUUACUAAUUCUUUAUUCCAAAAUGCUCUGCGCGUGUAAUUGCGCUACUUAAAAAUGUUGAUUUCUUACCUUACGUUUUCUAAUCGAGGUUCUCAUAGUUUCUCGUACUUCUUUCUAGCCAUCCGUCUGGCUAAUCUUAUGUUAUUUUGAUUUCUGGUGAUGUAAGAGAUGUGAUUUUAUGUUGGAUAUUUCAAUACAAGUCAGUGUGUUUAAACAG